AUGUCAGCGGUCGGGAUGGCCAGCACAGAAUCCGAAAUCGAAAUGCACAGAGCGGCCUCUCGAGCCUGUUGUUCUCUUCCAGAAGAAGCGUAUGCAUAUACCGCCGCCAUAGGGCCUAAAUUACACACUUUUACAGAACAGAGACAUGAUGCGCCAAAGUCCAACCACCCACCACCAAAUGGCGGCCCUGUGGCCUGGCUGCAAGUCCUCGCGGGCCACCUUGUCGUGUUUAAUACCUGGGGCUAUGCCAACAGCUUCGGCAUCUUCCAGGCCUACUACGCCUCAUCGCUCUCCCUGCCUGCCUCCACCAUCUCUUGGGUUGGUAGUGUCCAGGUGUUCCUCAUCUUUUUUAUCGGCUCAGUCUCAGGGCGGGCAUUUGAUACCGGGUAUUACCGGCCAGUUUUGUGGAUCGGAUGUGCAAUGCAGAUAGUGGCCGUGUUCGUGACGAGCCUCUGCACAAAGUACUGGCAGGUGUUUCUAGCCCAGGGUGUGUGUCAGGGCCUGGGCAAUGGCCUCAUCUUCUGCCCAACAAUUGCGUCAGUGUCAACAUACUUCACCACAAAGCGGACAAUCGCCACCUCCACAGCUGCAAGCGGUGCUGCAACCGGGGGAAUUGUCUUCCCUGUCAUCGCAGAGAGGCUACUGCCUCGAAUCGGCUUUCCCUGGACUGUUCGGGUUAUGGGCUUCGUGGUGCUGGUAAAUGCAGCGAUCGUGCUGUCCACCACCCGAACGCGACUCCCACCACACAAGACGGGCAGAAUAGUCGAAUUGGCAGCCUUCGGGGAGCUACCAUAUCUACUAUUUACCGUCAGUAAUGUUCUUCACGCUCUGGGCGACAUACUUUGCGUUCGUCCAUACGCCCUAGAUAACCUACAUGUAUCACAAGCAACAUCGUAUAGCAUUCUUCUUAUCUUCAACGCCGUUGGAAUCCCAGGUCGCAUCAUUCCAGCCCUGCUUGCAGAUCGCUACUUCGGUGCUAUUACGGUACUCAUUCCGGUCAUCUUCCUUGCUGGUUUAAGUGUCUACAUAUGGCACUCGGUGCAAUCCCUCGCAUCUGAUAUAGUCUGGAUUGUUUUCCUUGGAUUCUUUGGUGCCAGCAUUCAGGGUCUCUUUCCCUCGACUCUCGCUAGUCUGACACAAGAUUUGAGUAAAAGCGGCACCAGAAUUGGUAUGGUAUUUACCAUUAUCAGCAUCCCAUGCUUGACCGGACCUCCGUUGGCGGGCAGGUUGAUUCAGGUCGGGGACGGGAACUAUAUUGGGGCACAGGUGUGGGGUGGCACAUGUUUGCUUCUAGGGUGUGGGAUUCUCUUUGCGGCGCGGGUAGCGAGUAUGGGGUGGCGGUGGAAGCCUGCUGAGCAAUAG